CCGAUCUGUGCUAUAAUCAUUCAUCCUCAGGAGUGGAUGUGCAGGGCUGCUUGAGGAAGCAGGUGCGAUGGCCAAUGCCUCAACAGACCUGGACAAUGCUGACGCCCAGAGACAGCUCAACAACAACAACAGGCCUGCGAGCACAGGAUUCUGGGAAACAGAGACCACCAGUGCCAAACUAUUUGAGUCCUCUCGCAUUAAAGCACUAGCAGAUGAGAGGGACGCAGUCCAGAAGAAAACCUUUACUAAGUGGGUAAACUCUCACUUGUCCCGUGUGUCCUGCCGUAUCUCUGACCUGUAUAAUGACCUGAGAGAUGGAUACAUGCUCAUCAGACUGCUGGAGGUGCUGUCAGGAGAGCUGCUGCCUCGGCCCACGAGAGGCAGGAUGAGGAUUCACUGUCUGGAGAACGUGGAUAAGGCUCUUCAGUUCCUCAAAGAACAGAGGGUUCAUUUAGAAAAUGUUGGUUCUCAUGAUAUCGUUGAUGGGAACCACCGCCUCACUCUCGGCCUCAUCUGGACCAUCAUCCUCCGCUUCCAGAUCCAGGGGAUUAAGAUUGAGACGGAGGACAACAGAGAGACACGCUCCGCUAAAGAUGCUCUUCUUCUGUGGUGUCAGAUGAAAACAGCAGGGUAUCCAGAGGUCAACAUUCACAACUUCACCACCUGCUGGAGGGACGGCCUGGCUUUCAAUGCUCUUAUUCACAGGCACAGGCCGGAUUUAAUUGAAUUCCACAAGCUGACCAGAUCCAAUGCAACACACAACCUCCAGCAAGCCUUUAACACAGCUGAACAGAGUCUCGGACUCACUAAACUACUAGACCCUGAGGAUGUAAACACAGAAAAUCCGGAUGAGAAGUCCAUCAUCACUUAUGUAGUUUCCUACUAUCAUUAUUUCUCCAAAAUGAAGGCACUUAUUGUAGAAGGGAAGAGAAUUGGAAAGGUGCUGGACAAUGCUAUAGAAGCUGAGAAGAUCGUUCUCCGCUACGAGGCUUUAGCGUCUGACCUGUUAGAGUGGAUUGAGAGAACCAUGAGCAUCAUUAGUAACCAGAAGUUUGCAAACUCGCUAUCGGGUGUUCAGCAACAGCUUCAAGCCUUUACAACCUACUGCACCAUUGAGAAGCCUAUCAAAUUCCAGGAGAAAGGCAACCUGGAGGUGCUGCUUUUCACAAUCCAAAGUAAGCUCAGAGCUAACAAUCAGAAGCCAUAUGUGCCUCAUGACGGGAAACUAAUCUCAGACAUCAAUAAGGUGUGGGAGAGACUAGAGAAGGCGGAGCACGAGAGGGGCGUGGCACUUAGAAAAGAGUUGAUUCGUCAGGAAAAGCUAGAACUUCUAGCGCAACGAUUUGAUCAUAAGACCACCAUGAGGCAGGCUUGGCUGAAUGAAAACCAACGUCUCGUCUCACAGGAUAACUUUGGCUACGACCUGCCAGCAGUAGAAGCUGCCAUGAAGAAACACGAGGCGAUUGAAGCAGACAUCCUGUCGAACGAGGAGCGAAUCAGUGUCGUUGUGGAGCUGGCCAAUGAGAUGGAGUCAGAAGGGUACUAUGACAUCCGACGUAUCUUAGCACGCAAAGAAAACAUCCUAGGCCAGUGGAGCCUUCUGAAGGAGCUGGUAGUAGGGCGUAAAUCCCGUCUGGAGAAGAACUUGGCCCUGCAGAAGACCUUCCAAGAGAUGGUCUACAUGAUCGACUGGAUGGAGGAGAUGCAGGUUAAGUUGCUUUCUAAGGACUAUGGCAAACAUCUUCUUGAAGUGGAGGACAUGCUCCAGAAGCAUAGUUUACAGGAGGCUGACAUCUCUAUACAGGCAGACAGAGUUCAAAUCCUCAACACUGCAGCUCUCAAAUUCACCACUAUUGAAGGUUACCAGCCGUGUGACCCUCAGGUUAUUUGUAACCGUGUCAACCACGUCAACACCUGUCUGGAAGAAUUAAAGCAGCUGGCUGCAAAACGACGCUUGGAACUGGACAAUUCACGUGAGCUUUGGGCCUUCUUUCAGGAGGUAGAAGAAUCAGAGAAUUGGAUCAGAGAGAAGACGUCCAUCUUGGCCACGCAGAGCUGCGGAAAAGACCUGAGUAGUGUCCUGAGUCUGCUGCAGAAGCACAAAACCGUGGCUGGAGAGCUGUUGGCGUGGCGUGCGUUACUUCAACAGACCAUGAAGAAAGGCAAGCAGAUCCUCACCCAGAAGAGCUUUGGUACUGCUGGAAUACAAGAGCGACUGAUGGAGGUCAAGGCCGAGUGGAAGAGACUGGAGGACCAGGCCGCACAGAGGCUGUGUAACCUACAGGAGGCGCUGGACUUUUUUCAGUUUAGCACCGAGACAGACGAUCUGCUAGCUUGGCUACAGGAUGCUUACAGGCUCGUUUCUAGCGAGGACUUCGGACACGAUGAGUAUUCAACGCAGUCUCUUCUUAAAAAGCACAGAGGUGUACGAGAGAGUAUCGAUAAACACCGUGUACAAGUGGUGGGCCUUCGGAAACACAUGGUUGCAUUGCCAAUCCAUUACCGGGAGCUGGAUGAGGUGCGAGUGCGCAUGACUGAGACGGAGCAGCUCUACACAGAGGUCGCAGAAGUUGCCGUGCUUCGGCAGCAGUGGCUCCAUGACGCACUGGCUGUGUAUCGCAUGUUUAGUGAGGUGAACGCCUGUGAGGUGUGGAUUGAUGAGAAGGAGCAGUGGCUGAACAGGAUGGAGGUUCCCGAAAGACUAGAGGACGUGGAGGUGAUCGCACACAGGUUUGAAAGUUUGGACCAGGAGAUGAACAGCCUGAUGGGAAGGAUACUAGAUGUUAAUCAGAUCGUCCAGCAGCUCUUAGACACUGGUCACCCCAGUUCCACUGAAGUCAGGGGCUGUCAAGAUCACUUGAACAGCAGGUGGAACCGCAUCGUGGAGCUGGUGGAGCAGAAGAAAGAUCACCUGGACUCGAUCCUACUCAUCCAGAACUACUUACUGGAAUGCACGGAGAUCAAGUCCCAGAUUCAGGACAAGCGGAAAGCCAUAGACGCCACGCAGUAUGUGGGCAGUGACCUGGGCAGCGUGCUGGCGCUGCAGCGCCGUCUCUCCACCAUGGAGGGAGCUCUGACGGUUCUCGAGCCCAAGCUCCUUCACCUUCAGGAGGAAGCGGAGGAGCUCGCCACAUCCUAUCCGGACAAGGCAAUAGACAUCCUGGUUCCCUUCGAGGGCAUCAGCGUGGAGUGGGAAGAGCUAAAGCGUACAUUACAAGGCUGUGAAGACUCUUUAACGGUUGCUGGCCGCUUGCAACAGUUCAUCCAAGACUUGGAUUCCUUCCUCACCUGGUUAGUGCAAACCCAGACAGCUGCUGCUUCGGAUGAGCUUCCCAAUGCUUUAGAAGACGCAGAACGGCUGAUAAACCAACACGCCGCACUCAAGGAGGAGAUCGGAAGGUACGAAGAGGACUACGAACGUCUCCAGGCUGUGAAUGAGCUCUUGGAGACAGAGGAAGCGCCGUUGCCUCAUGGAGCUCUGCAGCAGUGGCUGCACAAGCUGGACGUGGGCUGGAACAAACUGCUGGAGAUGUGGGAGAGCAGGAGGGAGGUGCUGGUGCAAGCUCACAUCUUCCAUCUCUUCCUCAGGGACGUCAAGCAGGCCGAGGCUUUCCUCAAUAACCAGGAGUCAGCGCUGGCCCACGUGGAGCUCCCCACCACAGUGGAGACGGUGGAGGCAGCCAUCAAAAAGCACAAGGACUUUACCACCACCAUGGAGCUCAACCUGCACCGCAUUAAAGCUGUCAUAGAGGCGGGAGAGAGCCUCAUCAGUCAGAACAACAUCUAUUCAGAGCGCAUCAGAGAGAGAGUGGAUCUGCUCGCUAACAGAGGGAAACAGAACCGUGAACACGCUCAGCAGUGGCUUCAUAAACUCAAUGACCAGUGGGAGCUCCAGAGGUUUCUACAAGACUGCCAUGAGAUUGGUGAUUGGGUGGCAGAAAAGAUGCUAAUGGCUCGCGACACAUCUCGCGACGAGACUCAGAAGCUUCAUAAGAAGUGGCUAAAACACCAGACCUUCAUGGCAGAACUUGCUCAGAACAAGGAGUGGCUGGACAAGAUGGAGAAAGAGGGCCAGAGGUUAAUGCAGGAGAAGCCCGAGAUGAGCACGCUGGUGAAGAAGAAGCUGGAGGAGAUCCGUGAGUGCUGGCAGGAUCUGGAGAGCACCACACAAGCCAAAGCCCGGCAGCUGUUCGAGGCCAACCGAGCUGACCUGCUGGUACAAAACUACUCCAGUCUGGACCAGCGACUAGAGCAGCUUGAGGGACAUCUGGCACAUGUGGACUACGGCCAGGACCUGACCACUGUCAACAAGCAGCUGAAGAAACUACAGACGAUGGAGUGUCAGAUGGAGGAGUGGUAUAAAGAGGUCGGAGAGCUGCAGGCUCAGGCGGCCUCCAUCCCUCAGCAGGGGCAGGUGAUGGGAAAGGUGUCUGAGAGACAAGCCGGGGUGGAAACACGAAUUGUGCGACUGAUUGAGCCGCUGAAAGAGAGACGUCGUAUCCUGCUGGCCUCUAAAGAAGUGCACCAAGUGGGCCGUGACCUCGAAGAUGAAAUUUUGUGGAUACAAGAGCGUCUCCCCGUGGCCACUUCUCAAGAACAUGGCACAAGUUUACAAGCUGUUCAGCAACUCAUGAAGAAGAAUCAAAGUCUGCAGAGAGAGCUUCAAGGUCAUCGUGGACAUGUGGAGGAUGUUCUGGAGAGAGCAGGUGUGAUCGCGUCUAUCCGCAGUCCAGAAGCAGACAGCAUUAGGGCCGGCAUGGAGCAGCUCCAUCAGCUGUGGGAGGCGCUGUGGAGCGAGACCGAGCAGCGGCAGCUCCGGCUGGAUGUGAUGUACCAGGCGCAGCAGUACGACUUUGAUGCAGGAGAGGUGGAGGCCUGGCUGAGCGAGCAGGAACUGCACAUGAUGAAUGAGGAGACGGGAAAGGAUGAAGCCAGUACUCUGCAGCUGCUGAAGAAACAGCUGGCGCUAGAGCAGACCAUAGAGGACUAUGCCGAGACCAUCGGGAUGCUUUCUCAGCAGUGCAGACAGCUGCUGGAGCUCGGACAUCCAGACUGUGAGCAGAUCAGUAAGCAUCAGUCUCAGAUCGACAGGCUGUACGUGUCUCUGAAGGACCUGGCGCAGGAGAGGAAGUCUCGUCUGGAGCAGCAGUACUGGCUCUAUCAGCUCAACAGGGAGGUGGAUGAACUUGAGCAGUGGAUCGCAGAGAGGGAGGUCAUCGCCAGCUCCACUGAACUCGGACAAGACUUUGAGCAUGUAUCGAUUCUGCAGGAGAAAUAUACAGAGUUUGCAUCGGAGACUGGGAGCCUGGGGCAGGAGAGGGUCACUGCUGUCAACCAGAUGGUUGAUGAGCUCAUAGAUUACGGGCAUGCGGAUGCAGCCACCAUCGCUGAAUGGAAGGAUGGGGUGAACGAGGCCUGGGCGGAUCUGCUGGAGCUGAUGGAGACGCGAGGACAGAUGCUCGCCGCUUCACACCAGUUACACAAGUUCUUCUCUGACUGCCAAGAGGUUUUAGCACAGAUCGAGGAUAAGCAGCGGAGGUUACCUGAGGUUCGCGCAGGUCAAGGAGGCACUUCAAACACCAGCACUCUGCAGAGACUUAUGCAGACUUUUGAACAUGAUAUUCAGCUACUUGUUACACAGGUAAGACAGUUGCAGGAAAGUGCAGCCCAGCUCCGAACAGUUUAUGCCGGGGAGAAAGCAGAAGCCAUCGCCAUGCAAGAACAUGAAGUGAUGCAGACAUGGAAAGAGCUGCUCAUUUCCUGUGAAGACUGCCGAAUGCAAAUCACCACAGCUACAGACAAGUUAUGCUUCUUUGGGAUGGUGCGUGAUCAGUUGAUGUGGAUGGACAGCAUCAUCUGUCAGAUAGGAACUGGGGAGAAACCAAGGGACGUGUCAUCUGUGGAGGUCCUGAUGAACUAUCACCAGAGCCUCAAGAGUGAAGUGGAGGCCAGAAACAAGAGCGUCUUACAGUGUAUCGAGAUGGGCAAGACUUUAUUGGCGGCCCGUAACCCUGCAUCAGAAGAGAUCAAAGAAAAGCUGGAGAAGGUUUUGGCCAAGCAAAGAGAGCUCACUGAGAAAUGGGACAAACACUGGGAAGAGUUGCAGCACAUGUUGGAGGUGCAUCAGUUUGCUCAGGAAGCAGUGGUAGCAGAGGCCUGGCUCACUGCUCAGGAGCCCAUCCUAAGUAGUAAUGAACUGGGAGGCAGCGUGGAUGAGGUUGAACAGCUGAUUCGCAGACAUGAAGCCUUCCGCAGAGCUGCGGCAACAUGGGAAGAACGCUUCAGCUCUUUGCGUCGUCUUACCACAGUAGAGAAGAUAAAAGCAGAGCAGAGUAAGCUUCCUCCAACUCCCCUGCUGGGACGGAAGGUUUUCUUGGAACCUCAGGACUCUUCUCCUGCUCACAGUAGCCCUUCCUCCAUCAUAAGACAAACCAUAUACGAGCAGGGCGAGACCCGGGUGGAGCGCAUCACCCCUCAGCCCUCUCCCUCUUCUUUGGCCUGCAGACUGGGUUCUAGUGUGGUCAACAACACUCCCAUUAUAAAUGGAGCUGCUACUUGUCACCUUCAGGAAGCCAGGAAUGCUGGGAUUGUUGGAGUGGCUGCAGGACUGGGCACUGCUAUGGAGCACAAGGUCACCCAAUUGCGAAUGGAAUUUAAGGCCCAAGUCCCACAGCAGAAGAUCGAACAUAUCCAUGAGGUGGUCCAUCCCCUACUGGAGAGAGACAGGGAGCGUGAGCGUUAUCAUGAGAACGUGAUGGCAGAGGUGGUGCUCCAGGAGCCUGGCGGAGCAAGGGAACGCCUAAACAGCAUGGUGGGAGGGAGCGGGAGCAGUCGCUCAGAGCUUCUGGUGGAGCAGCAUCCCCCACCGAGGGAGUCGCGGAUGGAGAGACAACUAUCAACUGAGCAGCUGAUUCAGGCACGCAGGGACGAGCUGCCUCAGGAGGUGUGGAGAGAACGAGCUGGGAGGGCAGAGAGGAAACUGGAGAGACAGACAUCUAGUGAACAGGAAGGUCAUGAGGUGCGGCGUAGGGACAGACACCGACCAGAGAGACAGAACAGCAGUGAGCAGGAGGCUAGGGAGCAGUCGGACAGACGCUGUGGUGGUGGGGACAAAAGGUCGACGCUAGCUGAGAUUGUGGAGCAGCUUCAGGAAAGAGAAGCAGCACAGGCACGAGGUGAGAUUCCACGUGUACCCAAUGGUUUUCCUGAGAAGUCUUCUAGACUGGACCGACCACGUGCUCGCGACAGACCCAAACCGAGAAGAAGACCGCGACCCAAGGAUCCAACAACUGGUGAAACACGGCGCUCAAGGUCUGCACCAGCCCAGGGCAGCCAACCAGUUCCCCAGCCAGCUACCCACAUGGCCCAGCAUGAAGGGUUCCUCUUCCGCAAAAUAGACAUUGAAGUCCAAAAGAAGAGUUCAAACAGCAGAUCUUGGGUGAACUUGUACUGUGUGCUGAAUAAAGGUGAGCUGGGAUUCUAUAAGGAUGCGAAGAACACCUCCACACCUUACAACAACGAGCCACUUAUCAACCUGAGCGGUUGUGCCUGUGAUAUCAACAGUGGUUACAAAAAGAAGAAGAAUGUCUUCACUCUCAAAACUAAGGAUGGAAGUGAGUUUCUGUUCCAUGCUAAAGAUGAGGACGAACUGAAAAGCUGGGUCACGAGUAUAAACGCUAGUAUAAGUGAACAUGAAGAGAUUCCCAAACGGGGGCAGACCAAUCCAACUACCUCAUCUACUGACGAGGGAACACGCAGGGAUGGCAGCAGGGCAGGCGGUUCGGAAAGAGGUGAAAAGUCAGACCGAGCCGACGGGGGAUCUGUGCGCUCAGACAAGGGUGAAAAGCCUGAGAAAAAGACGGGCAAGAAGAAAUGAGGCACACGAUUGUAGUGAGACAGGAGCCAGGACUUCGAAAAUCCAGGAAAGUGCUCUGACAGGAUCAGGAAACGAAGGCGUCACUGUGAACUCCCUUUUUGUCUUGCUAUUCAAUUGAGUCUGGAAUCA